AUGUCGUCAGAAACCCAACCUCUUGUGCUAAUGUGCAGCACGCCCGUUUCCGGGCACAUCAUACCAAUGCUUGCUAUCGCGGGACAGCUCAUCGCUCGUAAUUACGACGUCUGUUUCGUGUCAGGCUCUGGAUACCGUCAGCAGGCUGAAGCUCUCGGUGCUAAGUUUUUCCCAGUGGAAGGAUAUGGAGAUUAUUAUGACUUGACGUCCUGGGACCUCGAUGCUGAUUGUACGUACCUGUUCGGAAUCUUCUUUUACGCCCUUGCAGGGCCUGAAGGUGAAAAGCAUCUUGAAGGACCAGCCUGCUUUCAACAUGACCUGAUACACAUAUUCUGCAAAUCGCUUCCCUCACAGCACGAAGCCAUUCAAAGAGCCUUGAAAGCGCUCAAGACAGAACAUCCCCAGAGACCUGUCUUCGUCAUGACCGAGAGCUUGAAUUUUGGCGCUUUGGCUAUCAGACUAGGGGCACCAGGACUUCAACCCGACGGAUUCAUAGCGAUUGGACUUAACCCGAUUCUUCUUACCAGUAUGGACCAUUCUCCUUUUGGGUCAGGAAUGCUACCAGACCGGACGCCCAAGGGCCGAGAGAGGAACAGAGUCGCCAACGCGGCUCAAAAACAGUUCUUUACUCCUUCGCAGGAUGCAUAUACUGAAGCCCUUAAGAGCGUCGGAGCAGAGCCGAGUGAUGAAUUCUUGCUAGAUUCUCUUUAUACCUUACCCGAUCGAUUCAUUCAGAUGUGCACUCCUAGUGCUGAGUAUCAUCGGAGUGACGCUCCAGAUACUUUACGAUUCGCUGGUGGCUACCCCGCGACGGGAAGUACUACAAGUACUUGGGAGAAACCAGCGUGGUGGGAGGAAGUGGUUGCCGAGAAGAGCGUUACCGGGAAGAAGAUCGUUUUCGUAUGCCAGGGAACUGUCGCUAUGGAUUUCAACCAGUUGGUCAUACCCACCAUGGAAGCAUUAAGGAACCGCCCGGAUAUCAACAUCCUGAUUGCCCUCGGGAGACCUGGCGCUACAUUGCCAGCCAACGUUUCGGUACCCGCGAACUGUCAAGUCGCAGAUUUUAUCCCAUACGACAGCAUACUGCCUCAUGUCGACGUGUUCAUCACAACAGGCGGCUACGGCUCAUUCCAGCGUGCGCUGAACAACGGCACUCCUCUCAUCAUGGCUGGCACAACUGAAGAGAAACCAGAGUCAGCUGCAAGGGCGGAGUGGGCGGGCGUUGCAGUGAACCUCAGAACUACAUAUCCUUCUGCUGAGCAGUUGUCGCAGGCAGUAUAUGAGAUUCUCGACAAUGAUAAGUUCAAGAAGAGAGCGUUGGAGAUACAGACUGAGAUAUCGCAGUAUGAUCCUGUGGGUGUGAUUAUCGAGAGUAUUGAGGAGUUGGCGAAGCGAAAGGGCAGAGAUUGA